CCAGAACCUGUUGCGCGGAAGCAGCAUCUAACAAACACGGGAACAUUGUUGUCCCCCUCCUCUCCCAGCCGCCUGCUGCCUGCUGCCAGCCUCCACACUGUACCGCCGUACACCGGACUGCAGGCUCAAGUCCGUCUCAUCCACCUGCGUGCUACUGCGGCACACUGAGCGUGUCCACACUGCACCCCCAGGACAGAUUGCAAUUUCACAUUUACCACCACACCCCCUCCCUCCCUCCAAAAACAAUAACCACUGCCUUUCCAAAAGUCUUCGCCUCUUUAUUGCGAUAGGUAACGUUAGCUCUUUUUUUUUUUUUUAAGCAGCAAAGUUGCCCACGAUGGACUCAAAGCGAGAUAAAGAACAAGAUGCGGACUGUGACAAGGUUACUGCUGCCCUGCUCAAGUCUCGUACAGGAGAAUUUGACUUGGAGUCAAUACUGUUCCUCAAAUUGAGAGGUCUUGGAGCACAAGAUAUUGGAUGCGUUGGGGAGUGUAUUAAUUUGGAGAGACUCGACCUCUCUGGAAAUAACAUCACAAAUUUAGCUCCUCUAGCAUCCCUUCGACAUCUUUCUGUACUCAAUUUGUCUGCCAACAGGAUUUCCAAUUUAGAGCCUCUACGCAGUUGUGAGAGUGUACAGAGCUUGAACGUGGCUGGAAAUCUCAUAUCUAGCAUUGAGAACCUACACUGCCUUCAGUCUUUGAGAAAGCUAGAAAAUAUACGUUUUAAAGACAACACUUACAAUUAUACUAAUCCAGUGUGUAGGAACGCAUCAUAUAGAAACAUAAUUCUUGAGAUGUUCCCUAACAUCAAAGUGCUGGAUGGGGAAAGAGUGGUCGGACGUGGGAGUGAAUUAUACCAGUUAUGCAAAGACAUUGAUGAUACCAUCAAAGCUGGUUUAUACAAGAAUGGACAGCUUGUUGAACAUCCUGAUUGCAAACCAUGGGUGGAGGAUAGUUACUGGGAGAUAAAGAGAUCAAACAAUGCCAUUAUUGAAGAGGCCUACAAACAGUUUAACGAUGUUCUUCAUGAAUGCAGACUCCUUAACAACAGAGCCACUCAUGUCAUUUCGCAAACUGAAAGAUCUAUGAGUCUGAAGAAGCAGCCAAAGCAGUAUGCCAUCUGAGCUGGGCCAUUGUGGACACAUUUGUGUGCAAACAUUUAGCAACUUUUUGUUGUUUGAUAAAACCAUGACUAAUGUACUGUAGGUCUCUCAAAUUAUUAAGCUACAUCCAAAUGCUUGAUAGGUAUAAUUGCCAGACACACACGCUCCGUGUUGCAGUGUGAGGCAUUUGUUGAGUUUGUAUCGCAUCCUAUGCAUUGGGUAUAAGUGACGAUACAUGUAAGUGGUUUGACAACCUUUAUCCAUACUGACAUCCCUCAGUUUGGUUCAAAGACGUCUUUACUUGCACAGUGUGCAUUUUGUACCAUGUUGUACCCUGCAUUUAUGCCGAGAGCUAUGCUGCUUAAGAAUUUCUCUAGGUUUAAGUAAUUAAGAGCUUCUUUUUUUUCCCAUUUUGCAUUUCUUGAUAAUUUUGGGAGUUAAUGUGUCCCAUGCUGUAUGCUUUCCUUUGUAAGUUGAACUUAUGCAAAAUGUGAUUGAAUGAUUGUUUCAGCUGUUUCUACUUGUUUUAUAUCAUAAAGUUUAUUGUGUACAAUCAACAUGUGGGAUAUAUUGUGCUUAUAAAGGUGUAGCUCACGUCUUGGAUUUCAACUCCUACCUAUAAAGUGUACUUUGGGGCAGCUGAUAUAUUCAUACUGUACACUGUUUACAGAUCCAGAGCCAAAGAACAAGUGAAUUAAUGAUGUGGCUUAAGGAACGAGUGAAGCAAUCUGUAGAAGCACCC